CAUCAUCAUCAGCUCGAUUGUGUGACCGACGGACUGACUGACGCUAUGACGACCGCCGUGGGCAUUGGCCGGCUGUCGCGAUCAGCAUCGCGCAUCGUCGGCAAGGCGGCGAGCGGGUUCCACCUGCUCCGCAUCGAGGCCUACUCGCAGACCAAGAAGGUCACCGCCGUCAAGAACAUCAACUCCACCGUCUUCUCCAUCGGCGGCUACGAGUGGCGCCUCAAGUACUACCCCAACGGCCGCGACGCCAGCUCUGCCAACCCCCAUGAUUACAUCUCCCUGUACCUCAUGCUGCACGGCUACGACAAGGCUAACCUGCAGGCGCAGUACAAGCUCAGCAUCCUCGACCAGGCCGGCAACGUCGCCUACGGGCUCCCUGCCAGGACGGACAUCUUCAAGAGCGGCGUCGACGACGACGACACCAAAGAGCAGAUAAGCUGCGGCCACGAGCGCUUCAUCCGCAAGGAGGACCUGGAGAGGCGCCAGGACCUGAUCAAGGACGACUGCCUCACGUUCCGGUGCGACGUCGGCGGCUUCACGGAGCUGGAGACCUUGCCUCUUGCUUGUGAGGACAGCGACCAAGAUGACGAUGAUGCUGCGGACGACGACCAGUUCGGGUUGAAGCCGCCAGAGCACCGUAGGUAUUCCUCCGGCGGCCGCGGCCGCCGCCGUCGCCCGGACGACAAGGAAUUCGUCCAAUGGUGCUUGGCCCAGAAACGCAUGGUGGGUUGACGAUCGGAGUACUAUUUCUCUUUGAUCGGACGGAUCGACGUAUCCAAAUAAUGGUUUGUUAGGAAUAAGGGGUGGCACCCGUGUGUCACUCAUUUGAUAUCGUCCCUCGUAGUAA